CUCGACUCGACUCGUGGCUACGCCAGAAAGCAGAAAUCCUUCCACAAAGAACGGCAAACACCACAGGCAUGCAUCUUAUUGGCAUCUCAUAAUUUCUUUGCAACGCAAAGCCAUCAACCAAAAUCCCCUAUAAUCAAUAAGUAUUUCUACCAGAAGGCAAAAUGAAGUUCUCCCCCACCAUUCUUGAUGCCCUCAACCAUCAUGCCUCCGAGACUCCCAACAAGGUCGUCUUUGCUUGGGUCGACAUCAAGUGUGAGGAACAGGACAAGAUGACAUUCAAGCAGCUGGAAGACCAGUCCAACACUGUGGCAGCUCGCCUCAUAAAACUGGGAUGCCAAAAGGGAGAUCGGGUUAUGAUUGCCUAUCCCUUUGGUCUCGAGUUUUUGGCUGGAAUGUUUGGAGCCAUGAAGAUUGGAGUUGUCCCCUGCUCCAUUUAUCCACCAAAUCCCAGUCAACUCAAGACGGAUAUGCCAAAGUUCCGCAGAUUUGCUGAGGAUGCAGGAGCCAAAUUUGCCCUUACUACAGCAACCUUUGCCACUGCCAUGACUGCUGCUAGCGUCCUCUACAAGACUGGAGUAAAGUGGAUCGGGACAGACAAACUCUCAAUCAAGAAAACCAACCCCAACAAGCCCAAAGAAUAUGAAACGUUUGUGGGAGAACCAAAUGAAAUUUGCUUCAUCCAAUAUACCUCAGGCAGCACUGGACGUCCCAAAGGAGUCAUGAUCAGUCAUCAAAACCUGGCAGAGAACUGCAGGGCUGGCAUUUCCUUGACUGAUCUAGACACUUCUUCUGUGGUAGCUCUAUGGGUCCCUCAAUAUCAUGACAUGGGACUUGCAGGAUUCAUGUCCUGCCUCUAUACUGGGAGUUAUCUUGUGGUGGCAUCACCCCUUGAUUUUAUUGCCCAGCCACUGCUGUGGUCCGAUAUGGUGGAAACAUACAAGGCCACCCAUACGGCAGCACCCAACUUUGCCUAUGCCUUACUCCUCAAGAGGCUGGAGCAGGCCAAAAGGAGUGCUGACUGGAGUUGUAUGAAGGCUGCAAUGUUUGGUGCUGAACCUGCCCAAAGCCAUGUUGUGGCAGCAGUGGCUAAAACCCUCUCUGUCAAGCCUGAGUGUGUCUUUAACAACUACGGUUUAGCUGAAUCAGUUGUGCUUCUCACAGGUGGACCUGCCCGCCCAGAUGCUGAGGGUGUUGUAUGCUGCGGUGAUGUUGACUCCCCAACGAUCAAGCUUCGAAUUGUUGAGGAUGGCAAGGAAGUUGAGGAUGGACAAGUUGGAAGCAUCUGGGCCCAGUCACCACGGGUUGCUGUUGGGUACUUUGGACAACCUGAGCUAACAAUUUCAACUUUUGCCAAUGCUUUGUCUGGCUAUGAGGGUACUUGGCUCGACACUGGUGACUUGGGCAAGAUUGUGGAUGGACAGCUCUAUGUCACUGGAAGGGCCAAAGAUGUCAUCAUUGUCAACGGGAAGAACUACUACCCAACAGAUGUGGAAUCAUCCAUUGAUGCAGCCUUUGGUGACAUCAUUCGUCCUGGGCGUACAGCAGCUUUCCAAUAUGGCGAGGAUAGUAUUGGCAUAACAGUGGAGGCUCGCAAAGGGUUUGACAAGUUGGCAAACGAUGACUUGGCCAUUCAAGUAUCAAACCAUGCCUCACAAUUCCAUGGGUUGUUUGCUGUUAAGGUUCUUGUUCUCAAGCUUGAUGUGACACCCAAGACCACAUCUGGCAAGCUUAAGAGGAGUGAGAUCAAGCAGACAACAGUUGCAGGUGCUUGGAAUGAUUCUUCUGUGAUGUUGCAAUUUCAGCGGGUGCAGGCAAUGAUUCCUCUUAAGAAAAAGAAAAGAGCUUCUUUUCUUGAGAACACUUUUUCUAAUCAAGGUAUUGCCAGCAGUGAGUUUUAUCUGUCUGUAGGAACCCAAUGUGAAAUCAUGCGUGGAUCGACAUGCCCAAGUCAGUUCUCCGCCAAAUAUGACAAUGCAAUCACAGCUGUUUUUGGUUUUGAAGUGGAUGCAUCAAAAACAUGGGCUGAGAAUGGACUAUCAUCCCUCAAGAGUGCAGAGCUCAGGAACAAGAUUGAGGAAGAGAUACACAUAGUUCUCCCUGCCAACUUUGAACAGCUCUACCCAACACCGGAGGCACUUUCCAAUUUCUUGGAGGCGUCAAAGGUGAAAACAUUUCCAAAGCAAGAGAUUUACAAUCACCCUGACUUCCUUUGGAAAUCCUCAAGAUCUAGGCUGAGCAAGUUGCAGCUAGGGGUGCUCCAAACUGUUGCCUCAACCUUGAUCCUUCUCCUGAUUGUUGUCUCCAUUGUACCAUCCUACUUUCUUGUAUCCUGGCUUAUGGACCAGUGUGACUCCACGAAAGUUGGGGAGUGCAACAGUUUAUUCUUUUGGAUUCUUCUGCCCCUGUCCUUCCCUCUGUACCUUUUCUCAUUUUCACUAACUGUGGUCUUCUGCAAGUAUGCAGUCAUUGGGACAUAUUUUCACAGUCAAGUUGAUCUCCUGUCUUGGGGUUACCUGCAAUGGUGGUUUGUUGACAGAGUUCUGGAAAUCUGGGAGUCCUUUGUGGGACCAUUCAUUGUGGAGACAAAGCUCAUUUGGGUCUUCUAUUGGCUUCUUGGAGCAGACCUGGCAUGGUCAGCCAAGAUUGAAUCCUUUUUUCGAGAAUUUGAUCUUGUGAGAGUUGCGGACAACUCUGUGAUCAACCACCCAUUGAAGUGCAGAAAAUUCUCCCAGUCAACAGAAACAGGUCCAAAAUUGACCUUCCGACCCAUCAAUGUUGGGAAGCACUGCAAUAUCUCUGGUAUGCUCUGCCCUGGAGCAAAGAUUGGAGAUGGCAGCAUGGUUGAGAAAUUUGCUGUGGUUGAAGAUGGGGCUCAAGUGCCAGACGGUGUCCUGGCCAGAGGCAACCCAGCAUGCCAAGCAGGCUCAUUCAAAUAUCAAGAAUCAAUUUCUUUUGAAGAAUCUGUUUUGGAUGCCUUCAAGAUUGUUUGGAUAGUGGUGGAAGCAUACCACUUCUUUGCACUAUCUUGCCUGGUGCAUACCAUGCUCCAAUCCAUUUUGCCCAUCUGGAGAUAUGCCACUAUUCUGCACUGGUUUCUACUGUUUCCGGCCACAUCUUUCCUUGCUCUUGUCCCUAGUAUUGCCCUCAAAUGGCUUCUAAUUGGGAAACGAGAUGCAGCAGAGGAGUAUGAUGGUUCACUUUAUCGGCAAGCAACCAAUUGGGCAUGUGACUUCCACUUCCGAAUUGCAUCCUGGUCCCAAACUCCUUUCUUUGGGCAAACAAGGUUCUGGCAUAUCAUACUCUUCCUCCAUGGCCUGGAUGUUGACAUGGAAUCUUGCAUCAGCAACCCAUACAGAAUCUUCUUGCCUUCCAAGGUUGAUUUUGUCAAGAUUCGAAAGUCAUUUGUUGCCACCAGUACCAUUGACUUGAACCAGCAGGCAGACUCCAAGAUGGAAAUUGUAGACAGUAGUGUCGGGUACAACUCCAAUCUUCAUACUGGGGCAAAGAUCAUCAAGUCAAAAAUCCCUCCCAGGUCUGAUGUUCGGAACAACAUUACAGAGUUGAACCAAGCAGAAAGACCGUGGAAGGCUGGUUUCUUGAUGGACUUGAUUUUGCCAGAAGUUUUACAGCUAUUGCUGAAUGUAGCUAUUUUUUCCAGCCUCAUCCCUGCAUAUGAGAUUGGUGCUGCCACAAUGAAGAGCUCCUCUAGCAUCAUUGUCAUGUUUGGGUUGACAGCGGCCAUUGUACUCCAGCUUUUUGUUUGGAUUCUCUUGACCAAAGCUGUUGAAGGGUUGAUGCUGAACCUACCAAGCCAUGCGCAGCAGAGCUUUUGUGCAGUGUACAUCAACCACAUGUGGCAGUUUGGGGUUGGGAAUUGGUUGGUCUUUCUCCUUUAUGGCACACCCAUGUUUGCCUACUAUGCUCGGAUGAUGGGGGCUACAGUGGAAGGUGAUUUGUGGUUCUUUGGGAAUUCUCUCUAUGAGUAUGCUAAGCUGCACUUUCAAGGUUGUACCAUUGUGGAUGAUUCACAUGUGAGUGGCCACUUCAUUGAUGGAAACGGUAUCACCAUAGAUGACACCUAUGUGACUGGUGUUCUGCAUCCAGGGUGCUAUGCCUCGGCUGGCUCAGUGGUUUCUGGGCCUGAACAUGGACCUUGGAAGCUCUUCUUGAGGAAGGUUGAUGAGGUGCAUGUUGGAUUCAAUGAUGAAGGGGAGAAUAUCAUUAAACAAGAGAGCUCUUCGUCAGUCGAGCUUCUUGAUGUCUAGGUGGCACUUCUUAGAGUCUAGCUAGUUUGUCAAUGUUAGUUGUUACAUAAGACUUGUGUAUUGG